GCAUGCGUGUUAGAGACUAGAGCACAUAUGGACUGACAGAGAAUUUUACCAUUCUGUUGACGUAUUUGGUUGAAUAUUUCAUUUGAAGAAGUUCGUUUUCAAUUUUAGAUCAUGCCAAAGAAUAAAGGAAAGGGAGGUAAAAACAGGAGGAGAGGAAAAAAUGAGAAUGAAAAUGAAAAAAGGGAGUUGGUGUUCAAGGAAGAUGGACAAGAAUAUGCCCAAGUCACAAAGAUGCUUGGGAAUGGAAGGUUAGAAGCCUUGUGCUUUGAUGGUGUAAAAAGACUUUGCCAUAUUCGUGGAAAACUGAGGAAAAAGGUGUGGAUCAAUGGUGGUGAUAUUAUUCUUCUUGGACUUCGAGAUUACCAAGAUGGAAAAGCAGAUGUAAUUCUAAAAUACACACCAGACGAGGCCAGAAACUUGAAAGCAUAUGGAGAACUACCAGAAACAGCUAAAAUCAAUGAUACUGGACUAGAAGAUGAUUAUGAUGAAACCAUCAUGUUUGACGAUUGUGAUGAUGAUGAUGAAAUUGACGAUAUCUGAAAAUACACAGAAAAAUAAAACAGCAUAUUGAUAUAGACAGCAAUAGUCUUCCAUUCAUUUGGACAAUUUCUAGGAAGACAUACAAGCUCCAAAUCAUCUCUUGCAUUAUGAAAGGAAGGCCUAUGGGAAAAGGGAAGUUAAUAUCAUUAACUAUUGAAGAAAACUAUUAUUAGCAAAAACCUCGUACAUUAAUCUGAUAUUUAUCACCUCAACUUUUGAAGAAGAAAGUGCCGUUUGUUUGCGUAAUGCAUUUUUAUUUUUAAACUUCCUCAAGUCCGUGGUGGGUGCUGCAGCACUUGGCCUCCACAACCAAUGGAUCCAGACUUGUUAUCAGGAUUCACAUGGAGUGUUUGGAUAUUUCUAGCUUUCACUCGGCCGUCUUGUCUAGUUUGUAUCAUGUUCAAGUCUCUGACAAGCUUUAGCCGCAGGAUGACUUGGAAAGGAAUAGAAACACUGCAGGGAUUAUCUUAAAAGCAGAGUGAAAGUUAGAAAUAGAAUAUUUAUGCCUAUCAUUUGUAUUGCUGUAUCUAUUUUCAUGCUAAUGAAAUGUGAAACAUUGCUUUUUUUUAGAUAGUCAGUGUCAUGUUUCAAAUAAUUUCAAAUAAAAAGAUAUAAAACAAAAAAUAAAAGAUAAAGUAAAAACCAGAAUAAACAAAUAAGAUGUAAAUGGUCACUUUUGAUUUUCAUGUUUCACAAUGUUUUAAGAUAUAUACAAUAUGGUUAGUAUAAAUUGUGAAUGACCAUAUUUUUCAAGUUGCCGUGAAGCAAGAAUGAAAUUUGUCCACAGGUUAUGUGAUUUUUGGCUUUUGAAAUUAAGAGAAAUAAAACUUUUUAUAAAUAAA